UUCCGCCCGCGUACUUCAAUGAGCUUUGUACGGUCGUGCUCGCAAAAGUUAACACCAGAAAAAGAAACAAGUUGACAUAGUUAAGCAAUCAAAUGGAGGCACUAUACAAUGUACUGGGCUUGGAGUGGAUGGACUGCAGCAGUAUUUUGAUAUUUCUGUGUGUUUUUCUGUUGUUGACUGAUAUUGUGAAAAACAGAGCUCCGCCAAACUUCCCCCCAGGACCGUGGGCUCUUCCUUUCAUCGGUGACCUGCAUCGCACGGAUAUCACCAGAUUCCACCUGCAGAUUGGAGAGUUUGCACAGAAAUAUGGAAACAUUUUCAGCCUCCGGCUCUUUGGUGGAAGGAUCGUGGUCCUCAAUGGCUACAAGCUUGUGAGAGAGGCCCUGGUCCAACGAGGAGAGGACUACGUGGAUCGCCCCUCCAUACCGUUAUUUGAUGCAUUAACGGGCAACAAAGGUCUGGUGAUAUCGAAUGGCCACCAGUGGAAGGAGCAGAGGAGAUUUGCUGUCCGUACACUCAGAAACUUUGGUGUGGGCAAGAAGACCCUGGAGCUGUCCAUCCAGCAGGAGUGUCAUUACCUCACUGAGGCUUUUGCCCUUCAGCAAGGCAAGCCUUUUGACGCCCAGCCACUGAUGAACAAGGCUGUGUCCAACAUCAUCUGCUGCCUGGUGUUUGGGGAUCGCUUCGAGUACUCUGACAAGCAGCACCAGCUGAUUCUUCAGACCUUCACUGAGAUACUGUACUUGGAGGGAGGUUUUUGGGCACAGGUUUAUAACGCGUUACCCUUGCUGAUGAAGUGGCUUCCUGGACCUCACCAGAGGAUAUUCUCUCUGACACAAGCUUUGCUCGACUACAUACAAGUAAAGAUCGAAGAACACGGGGAAAGCUUUGACCCCUCCUCACCGAGAGACUACAUCGACUGCUUCCUCGCAGAGAUAGGAGAGAACAAGGACAAAGACGCUGGUUACGAUUUCAAGAAUCUGUGUUUUUGCACUUUGGACCUUUUUGUUGCUGGAACUGAAACUACUACGACUACUUUACACUGGGGACUGCUAUACAUGAUCUACUACCCUCACAUACAAGAGAGAGUCCAGGCCGAGAUAGAUGCUGUGGUCGGUUCAUCCAAGAAGCCUUCUGUGACUGACAAAGAAACGAUGCCUUACACCAAUGCAGUCAUCCACGAAAUCCAGAGAAUGGCCAACAUCCUUCCCCUCAAUUUGGUCCGCAUGACGGUCAAGGAAACCACGCUGGACAAGUACACAAUCCCAAAGGGCACCAUCAUCAUGCCGACACUGACCUCGGUUCUACGUGAUGAGUCCAUGUGGGAAACUCCACACACCUUCAACCCUCAACACUUUCUGGACCAGGACGGCAAAUUCAGGAAGAGAGAAGCCUUCCUUCCCUUUUCAGCAGGGAAGCGCGUGUGUCUCGGGGAGCCGCUGGCCAGGAUGGAGUUAUUCCUCUUCUUCACCUCCCUCCUCCAGAGGUUUUCUUUAUCGCCGCCGGCUGGAGAGCAGCCCAGUCUGGACUUCAAGUUAGGAGCCACUCUCUGUCCCAAACCGUACCGCCUCUGUGCCGUACCGCGAUAGACCAACACAAUGAAUCAAUGUGUGACUCUACGCGUAUCUUGCAAUACAUCAACUUUACUAUCAUCUAGUAAAACAUAAUGUGCCCGUCGUUCUUUUUCAUCUCGAUAAGCUUUUUAAUAAGAUUUUAUGUUAUAAAUGUGACCUACUGUCUUCAAAAGCAUAUCACAGUUCACUCAUUUCUUAAAUACUUUCCACAGCACAUUGUUUUUGUCAGAUUUGCUAAACCUUUACAUUUGUGUAACUGAAUGGGUUAGUCGAUGUUGACACUGGUUUCAGUCGGAGGUUUUGCAGGUGAGAAAAACACUCACAUUAGAGAAUCCCACAUUAGUCUCAGUGGUGUUUAUCAACCUGUAUGAUGCCUGCUGUUAUUCUGAGUUUAAUCUGCAGUUAACUGGAUGUUUCAGUCAUGAAAUUUAUGUGACAAAAAAUGUUUCAUCUACCUCCGAUUAAUAUGAGAAAGCGCUUUACGUGACAGAAAGUAACACUUUGAGGUGUUUCUCUUAAAUUUAACCUUUUGUUUAAUUUUUUGAAUUGACAUAUAAAAACAUCAAAGUUGAAGCUUGAGGUCUCCUUUCAUGUGAACAUGCACCUCGUCUCACUUCUGGGUUUCCCCUGUAAAGCUUUUGAAGUCAGAAAUGGAAAAUAAACAGCGAGGAGCUUGAGAA